GCUAGCGAAUCGGCUGUGCCGGAGUGCGGUCAACGAAGUGUGGUGAGCACGUCACAGAGUACCGAUCCGUCACGGUCCGUUAUCACCGUGCCGCGUCGUGCCGUAUGACAGGCGGACUGAUCGCGCCUCCGUAGAGUGUCCGAAUCGUCGUCGUGCUCGCAAGACGGGAAAACUAGAGAGAGAGAGAUACAAGAGCUGCCGUAGCAAUGGCGAUGGGCAAGGGUUUUCGCAUCUACGAGAAACUAGACUCGCCCAAGCCGCACUCGCUCAUCCUGGAGCAGCGGAAUCGUAAGGAGACCCUGCUCUUUGAGUCCCAGGCGGUUGCUGUUCUCUCCAGCGAAGAGCACGAGUUCCUAAAGCCAAAGUACAAUAAGCUAUUGGAUGCUUACGGAUGUCUGGGUGUUCUACAGCUAAAUGCAGGAGACAACACCCUGUUGUAUUUGGUCUUGGUUACUGGAUGUUUCUCUGUGGGAAAGAUUGGCGAAUCAGAGGUCUUCAGAAUCACACAGUCGAGUUUUGUGCCUUUGUUUUACAAUCAGGGAACUGAGGAUCGUGUAUCUGAGGUCAGAAAGGUUCUCAAUUCCGGAACAUUUUAUUUCUCCUGGUCUGCCGGGCAGGAGUCACUUGACAUCACUCUGAGUGCUCAGAGGAGGUGCAAGUCCACGACUACAGACAACAGGUUCUUUUGGAACCGAAUGCUACACAUUCAUCUUCUGAGAUAUGGUGUGGACACGAGUCAGUGGUUGUUGAAGGCAAUGUGCGGCAGCGUGGAAAUAAGAACUGUUUACGUUGGGCACAGACAAGCUCGCGCGGUGCUUAUGUCUAGAUUAAGUUGCGAGCGCGCUGGCACUAGAUUCAAUGUCAGAGGAACCAAUGACGACGGGCAUGUAGCGAAUUUUGUGGAGACCGAGCAGGUGAUUUACAUAGAUAAUGAAGUGACCUCCUUCGUUCAAACGAGAGGGUCAGUGCCGUUGUUCUGGGAACAGCCUGGCAUACAGGUCGGCUCCCACAAGGUGAAGAUCUCGCGUAGUUUCGAGACAUCCGCGCCGGCCUUCAAUAGGCACCUGGAGAUAAUCAAGAAGAGGUAUGGCAAACAAAUGAUCGUCAAUCUCCUCGGUUCGAGUCCGAUCGGCAGUAAGGAAGGCGAGACGAUGUUGAGCCAGUUGUUCCAAUCCCAUCACAACUUGUCGGAGCAUAAAGAUGUACCACAUAUCUUGUUCGAUUAUCACCAAGAGUGUCGUGGCGGCAACAUGAAGAACCUGUCGAAGCUGAAGGCGAAAGUCGAGAGGUAUCCGGAGCCUUUCUCGUUGUUCUACGCGGUUGGCAACACGGUGAUCCUCGAGCAAACCGGCACUAUCCGGACGAACUGUCUGGAUUGUUUAGAUAGAACGAAUUGCGUGCAGACCUUCUUCGCGCUCGAGCAGCUAUCCAAGCAGAUGGGCUUGUUGAAAUUGAUGGAGAAGCAGCAGAUGGUCUCACGGUUUGAGGAAGUGUUCCGUCAGAUGUGGAUCAACAAUGGCAACGAGGUCAGCAAGAUAUAUGCGGGCACGGGCGCGAUCCAAGGCAGCUCCAAGUUGAUGGACGGUGCGAGAUCAGCAGCCAGAACGAUACAGAACAACUUGUUAGAUUCCAGUAAGCAAGAGGCGAUUGACGUCUUGCUUUUGGGAUCGACGUUGAAUACUGAAUUGGCCGAUAGAGCGCGUUUACUGCUGCCUUCCAACAUGCUGCACGCUGCGCCGAAUCUCUUGAGGGAGAUGUGCAAGCGCUACAAUGAGUAUGUGACAACGAUGAACCUCCGGGUGAGCGUCGGUACCUACAACGUUAACGGAGGGAAGCACUUCAGGAGUGUAGUUUACAAGGACGUGUCAUUGUCCGAUUGGUUAUUCGGUGGACCACAUAGAUCUUCUUUCGCCUUGGAAGAGCCUGACGAUGUACCUGUGGACAUAUUCGCGAUAGGAUUUGAGGAGAUCGUUGAUCUGAACGCCAGCAACAUUAUGGCCGCUAGUUCGGACAAUGCCAAGGCUUGGGCUGAAGAGCUGGAAAGAGUAUUGGUCAAGAACAAUAGGGCAUACGUUCUCGUGACGUACCAGCAAUUGGUCGGCGUCUGCCUCUAUUUGUUCAUACGUCGCGAACACGCGCCUUACUUGAGGGACGUGGCGGUGGAUUGCGUGAAGACGGGAUUAGGAGGUGCUACCGGUAACAAAGGUGCUGCAGCAAUCAGAUGCGUGCUGUAUUCCACUUCCUUCUGCUUCGUCUGCGCGCACUUCGCCGCCGGUCAGUCCCAGGUGAACGAACGUAAUGCCGAUUACGCUGAGAUUACGAGGAAAAUCACGUUUCCCAUGGGCAGAACCCUCAACACACACGACUACGUGUUCUGGUGCGGCGAUUUUAACUACAGAGUCGACAUGGACAAAGACGAGAUGAAGGAGCUGAUCAAACGAAACGAACUCGAUCAGAUACUGCAAUACGAUCAAUUGAGGGUUCAACAAGAGCAGGGUAAUGUCUUCAAGAACUUUCUGGAGGGACCUAUUACCUUCGCGCCUACGUACAAGUACGAUCUUUUCUCAGACGAUUACGACACCAGCGAAAAGUGCCGGCAACCCGCGUGGACAGAUCGCGUUCUGUGGAAGCGUAGGAAACAAGUACCUGAUAUCGAUUCUCCUACAGACUGGAAUCCGGGAAAACUCCUUUACUACGGCAGGGCAGAGUUGAAACAGAGCGAUCAUCGGCCGGUCAUCGCGACCAUCGACAUUGACGUGCACUGCGUCGACCCUGAGAAACGCGAGCGCGUAUUCAAGGAGGUGAUACAGGAUCUCGGACCGCCGGAUAGCACGAUAAUAGUCAAGGCGGUGGAGGAAUUCGAGGACAUGGACAGUGUGUUCGACAACAAUCUCAUGUUCGCGCUGAUACAGGACCUGUCUCACAUUGGCGAGGUGAUCCUGGUGCGCUACGUCGGCGAGACCAUCUGGGUGACAUUUAGGGACGGUCAGUGUGCCUUGGCUGCCGCGAAGAAAGGCAUGACGCAAGUGUGCGGCCAGACGCUGAGGUUGUCGCUCAAAUCACCCGAUUGGGUGCAGUUGAUCGAGAAAGAGAUCGAGAUCUGCAGCAACACCACUGUCGCGCAAUUCAUGGCGAGCUCGCCGCUCAGGAGUCCCAUGCAGCGAUUGGAACAGUUGGAAAUCGGCGAGCGCGCGUCACCUAGUAGAAGCAGUCCGAGCGACGUGAUUCCACCGCCGAGACCAGCGCCACCAGGUCGACCCGCGCAACCACCGAGGAGUCCCGUUCAAGAACGAAAACAGGGUCCUCGAGCUGGGGUCUUCAGUGUGUUUCACAAUCAGUUCGCACCGUUGACACCACCCUCGACACCAGCGAUCGCUGAUCAAGCCGCAAAGGAUCCUCAGGAGGACGAGAGUGGGAGGCUGUCGCCGGAUUCUGCCAUCUACGAGGAGAUUCCGGACGGGUCGCCCAGUUACCCGGUGCCGAAUCGACCACCGCCUCCGUUACCGCGCAUGGAUAGCCCUCAGGAACCGCUGAGUCGAUUACCACCCAGCAGACCGCCGCCCAGCUCGAUGCCACCUUUGUUGCCGCACAGGCAGGCUCCGCCGCCGCCGCCGCCGCCGCAACAUCUGCCACCCAAUCUGCCGCCGUCGAGCGUUCCGCCGCCUGUUCCAGCCAGGACAGGCGGCGGCCCGCCUAUUCCGGCUAGAAAUCCUCAUUAAGGCGAAAGGGACGCAACAAGACGCGUCCAUGACCAGAUUCGGUAUGUUCGAGCGUGAACACUAGCGCAUGAUUAUUUAUGGUAUUCAAACGACGAGACUGUAGUCGACAAGUCUUCGUUUCGACGCUGAGUUCCGAAUACACGUAGCCCGUAGGUCUCUUCUUCCUUACUCACUCCUGAAUCUGUUCUGUGAUUAAUUGCUCAGAGGAUGAUGGUAAGCAUAGCCGGGGAUAACUUCGAGAUUAUUUUCGAUCUCACCGCGAUCGCAAGAACGAUUGGCUGUAGAUUUGUAUUUAUAUAAUUAUAUAAUUCCUGGAUCUCUCUGUAUCCUGCCUUUUACUCCGUUUGUAGUGACACACUUGUUAAACUCGUUAAUCAAUUCAGAGAUAAUACUUUGAGAGACCGUUGUUGUUUUCGUCAUGAAUGUUUAAACAGGAGAUAGUGUUAUCGUUUCGACGAACCGACCGAUUUAUGCAUAUGACAUAUAUAUAUAUAUCAUAUGUGUCAUAUAUAUAUAUAUAUAUAGAAAGAUUUACAAAUGUAUAUUCGAAAUCCGUUGAAUGUGUUGUAAAAUUGGAUAUACGUUAAUACAUCGUGAACAAGUUAAUGAUCGUUGGAGAGUUCAAAGCGACGAGAUAUCCGCGGUAUAAUGAUGUUACAGUUACUGUCACUGUAUACCUCUUCGCUUGUAUUGUAUAUUAAUUUAAGGAUAACUGUUGAGACGUGUUAGGAACGCUUUUGAGAUAUAAGUAUUAAGAUUUAUGAAUACCCACGAGCAUUUUGGUAGUGUAAGUGUAUUAAAAGAAAAUGUAACUAUGUAGCGCGCACGAUCGCGAAGCACGUGGAGCAAACACUUAACUUUCAGACUUAAUUUUAUGUGUAAUCGUAUACGAGAGAAAAGAAUAGGCUCAAACAGCAGUAUUCUUAUGAGUAUAAGAUAUCCUCGUGAUUGUACGGUGGAAAGAAGGGACGUUCAAUAGCCCCUCCUUGAAUUUCUCUGAUUUCCUCAACGACACACGCUCGUCAUCGAUCGUCCUAAAGGCUGCUAAUUUAACUAAGAUCAUUCUAUGUGAUUAUUUUCGUUCAUUUUUUCUAGUUUUGAUGUUCCUAUCUACAUCUUGAACUCUGUAAUAUAUCAGAAGAAGAGCGAUCUAGCCGACUUGUUGGUUAAAAAGUGUUUCUAAAAGGUGAUGCUUCAAAAGAACCACUAUCGUCUCAAUGUUCUCUAGGCAUAUUACACAUGAUAUAUAUUUAUAUAUAUUAUAUAAAUAUAAAAUAUUAUAUAUUUAUAUAUCAUAAUAUUACAUAUAAUAUAUAAUAUAUAUUUAUAUAUCAAUAUUAUAUAUAAUAUUAUAUAUAUUACAUGUAUUAUAAAUUGUAUAAUUAUUAUAAAGUGAAAUUAUCAGAUUGCUGAUAUAUAUACAAAUACGUAAGUUUGUCGUUUACAUCUGAACUAAUAUUUUCGGUACAGCGGUAAUACGCGUGAAGCAGAGCAAGCAUCAUCACUUAGCCAUUUUCUUCCUCGGCACUAUGUUAAUGGAACAGAAUCCACGUUGAUUUUCUUCUCGGUAUGUUGCAGAGUUCGCUGCACCGUGCAUUCCAUCGGAAAUCGCGAAGCGUCCCAAUGGUCCAAUGGUCCCGCCUAAAUUUCUCCUUCAUAAAACUUAUCCUUUUGUUCUCUGGGAAAUACACACACAGGAUCAUGAUCUUUAUAAUCUACUAUCGUCCAUGAACAGACCUCACUAGUACUUCAACUGUCACAGAUAAUUGUACACAGAAGUUAUUGCUGCAUUUCCUAAAAAAAUGUCUGACGAUUGGUUGAGAAUCUUGCUUCUCGCUUCAAAUGUAUCAUUUGUAUGUAAUUAAAUGGAAGAUAAAGUUGUCGUCUACAUGUAUCAUAUUGUAACUGCCAAGGAAAUAUGACAGUUACGAUGUGGCAGUCGAAGUACUGAUUGCUAUGCAGAUUGUAUAUACUUUAAUUUAUCCCACUUUCAGUCUUCAUCGCUCCCAGCCUCACUCACAUCGUAAAGGUGGCACUAAUCAUGGGAAAAUGGAUGUGCAUAAUAUGUAUGUGUAAAUUAGUAUAAUAUAAAAAUGUUUAGUUAUGUAAGAAAGAGAGGAAGACAAGGAGAGUACAGUCUUCGAAAACAGUUUCAACAGCUUCAUUCUGCACCUCGGCGACACGCAUUACUUCGCGCGUUAGUUUCUGUAUCUUACUAGUUAAUAACCGAGCCACCUGUACAAGAUGUAAAACACAAAAAUAUGUGUGUAUAUAUAUAUAUAUAUAUAUAUAUAUAUAUAUAUAUAUAUAUAUAUAUAUAUAAAAUAUACACAUAUGUGUACCGAAUGAUCUAAUAAAGAGAUCGGAUAGGAAUAGAGAUAGAACCAGAUCUUAAAAAAGAAAAUUUCGUUUAUUGAUCUAAGCUGUAUAAAGUGUUUGAUUUCUCGACGUCUUGUACUAAUGCUAACCUCGUCAUUUCAUCUGUUUGGCAAAUCGUGAAAAAUGAGAACAGAGAAUCUCGUUUAUAUCUCCUAAUAAUACGUGUAUAUCUAUAUUAAAAAAAAACUCAAGCUUGUACAAAAGUCGGUUUUUCCAACUGUGAAUC